AUGUUGCAAAGGCUGAUCAUGUUGAUGGUGAUGUUGCAAACGACAGCAUGGCUCAUCAGGUGUCAUGGCUCCCUCCUCGACGACGGUGCCACGGAUUUCGUCAGCUGGUACAUCCAGUGCCAGAAAUUUCGACAUGUGCACAUCCUGGAAAGAUACUGCGACAGCGACAGGUCCCUCGCCCGGGCGCGCUGGGUUCUCGAGGCCUUCGGUCGCCUGUCCCGGGAACCCGGCUCCUACGUCGCCGUUGCAGGAGGGUCCAGGGGCAGCGAAGAUUCGAAGAGCGCCUCCUGUGACGAGCAGGACAAACAGAAGGAGGAGUGGGAGGAGCAGGAGGUUCUGCCUGCCGGGGUCACACUUCAAGGCCUGAGGUGGACCCAGCAUGAGACGGCGCCCCUCCUGGUGGCGCCCCUUCUCAGCCGGGCCGAUGCCGCGUCGCUCGGGAAGCUGCGUGAGGACGAGCUGCGCCUUCGGCCGUGGCUGCUUCUGUGCCGCCUGGACUUCGAGAGCCUCGUCAGCAGCAUCUACUUCCCGCUGGACAACCUCGUCGUCCUCGCGGUCCUCGGCGACGCAAGCAAUACCACUCUAUGGGAGGUCUACCAGCCGGCGCCCGACCUUCCUCAGAGACUGGUACGCCUGGGCACCUACCCUGACGUCCCCGAUCCCGUCGCGUCCACAGGGGGCUCCACUCCUUGGGAUUCCUGCCCUUCCUUCGGCCGAGAUCCCUGGGCGAGGCGGCGCGACUUGUCAGGGCUAACCGUUCGAUGCAGCUCUGUGGAGGAGGAGCCUUUUGUAUAUCACCAGAGGAUGCCAGACGGAACUGUAACACUGAGAGGGACUUACGGAGACCUGUGGAACACCAUCACUAACGAGCUUAACUUCACGGGCGUAUGCAGAGUGCCUCCGGACGGCGAGUGGGGAGCCUUAAGGGACGGCGUGUGGACAGGAGCAGUAGGAGAGGUGGUGCGAGGGCAGGCGGACGUGGCUGUGGCGGCGUUAGACCACACCUACGACAGGUCAAAAGUCGUUGGUUUUCCUUUUGGAAUAUCUCUCUACAGCUACGUCCUGGUGAUCAAACGGCCUUCCUCCCUCGACCACAUGUGGACUAACUACGUGCGCGAGUUCACCUCUGACGCCUGGGCGGUGGCCGUCGCUUCGCUGCUGUUGUCCGCCUUCUGUCUGGCUCUGGUGGGCUGUCUGUCGCCCUACGAGGAGGCCUUUUCCCCCGGGGACGCGGCGCUGACGACUUGGGCGUCCUUCUGCAAUUCGGGUUACGCGAUCGACUUCAAGAGCACCUCAGGAAGGCUGGUCUUCACCUCGCUGUACACUAUGACCAUCCUGCUGUACGCCCACUACAGCUCCUUCCUGUUUUCCUCGCUUACCGUGCACAAGGCCACGCCCCCCUUCACGAACCUCGCGGAGAUGCACACGGCAGGCACGCACACGCUCGGCCUCGAAACCGGGGGCGCCCUCGAGGAUUACCUCAAGUAUUCGAAGGACGAGACGAUCCAGGCCGUGUGGCGAGACUUGGUCCGCCACCGAGACCUCACCGUAAGCCAGAGUUUCGGCUUGGUGACAUCGGGCUCUCACGCCUUCCUGCUCUCCCGGCCUCAGUACCUGUCCAAGUACCAGAGUUGUGACCUCAAGAUGCUGCCUUCGCUCUACUUCUCGUCGCAGUCCUCGUGGCCGAUGCCCAAGAACUCGUCUCUGCUGCCCGUCUUCAGAUAUCAUCUCCGGAACCUCGUCCACGCCGGCAUCUACCGGCGAUCCGUGAUGCACUGGCGGCCGCGCACGUACUCCUGCGACAGCACCCUCGUGUUCCAGCCCAUGGGACCCCAGCAGGUGAUCACGGCGUUCAUGCUCCUGGGCUGCAUGGUCGGCCUGGCGCUUCUCUUGCUCGUGAGGGAGAUGGUGAGUCACGUUCUCUCUCAGGGGCACGCUGUGAGGCCGUUCGGUGCCGCCGGGAGGAGGAGGCACAUGAAUCUCGCUUGUGUUUGACGCGGGAGGGAACUUCCCUGCAGUUAAGAGCUAUGUUUCUGAGCCUCUGGGCCAGAGGCAG